GUUACCGUAGACACCUCGGUAGAAACGGCCCUUUUUUAAAGUUCCUGGGGGAAGAGUGAAGGGACCUGGACAGAGCUCGGGAAAGGGGCCAAGAUUGAGCUCACAGGAUAAAUAUUUAAACCGUAUUCAUCUCGGGAGGACUGGUGUUAAAGUGAAGACAAGAUUCGGGGACAUUUGAUCUGAUUGUACAGCACGGAAAACCAAGGUCUCCACUGCUCGAGAACGUCAGAAAAUAAAGAAAAUGGCGGAGCCGGACAAAUUAAACAUCGACUCUAUAAUUCAGCGUCUCUUGGAAGUCAAGGGUUCUCGGCCAGGCAAGAAUGUCCAGCUGACAGAGAGCGAGAUCCGCGGCCUUUGCCUCAAGUCCCGCGAAAUCUUCCUGAGUCAGCCAAUCCUGCUGGAACUAGAGGCUCCCCUCAAAAUCUGUGGUGAUGUCCAUGGUCAGUACUAUGAUCUGCUCCGGCUGUUUGAAUAUGGAGGCUUCCCCCCAGAAAGUAACUACCUGUUCCUGGGUGACUACGUAGACAGAGGGAAGCAGUCGUUGGAGACUAUCUGCCUGCUUCUAGCUUACAAGAUUAAAUAUCCAGAGAACUUUUUCCUGCUGCGCGGCAACCAUGAAUGCGCCUCUAUUAAUCGUAUCUACGGUUUCUAUGAUGAGUGUAAGCGACGGUAUAACAUUAAACUGUGGAAGACCUUCACAGACUGCUUCAACUGUUUACCUGUGGCUGCCAUCGUAGACGAGAAAAUCUUCUGCUGUCAUGGAGGCCUCUCUCCUGAUCUUCAGUCGAUGGAGCAGAUCCGCAGAGUAAUGCGACCCACAGACGUGCCUGACCAGGGUUUGUUGUGUGACCUGCUGUGGGCCGAUCCAGACAAAGAUGUGCUGGGCUGGGGUGAAAACGACCGUGGUGUCUCCUUCACAUUCGGGGCAGAUGUGGUGGCCAAAUUUUUGCACAAACACGACAUGGACCUAAUAUGCAGGGCGCAUCAGGUCGUAGAAGAUGGUUAUGAGUUUUUUGCAAAGAGGCAGCUCGUCACCUUAUUCUCAGCUCCCAACUACUGUGGAGAGUUUGACAACGCUGGUGCCAUGAUGAGUGUGGAUGAGACGCUCAUGUGCUCCUUCCAGAUCCUGAAGCCAGCAGAUAAGAAAUUGUAUCCUUAUGGCGGAGGGGGAGGAAUGGGAUCUGGGAGACCGGUCACCCCGCCGCGAAAUUCCGCCAAGGCCGCCAAGGCCAAGAAAUAACACCCGCUGGGUCCCCCUCCAACAACCUGCUACCCCCUGUCGGCCCAACACUCUUUUUUCCUCUACCUCCCAAACUUGUUUCUCCCUCGUCACCAAACGGCAACAAAGCAAACAAGUGUCCAGGGUUCAAUCAUGUUUUUUCUCUCUAAAACUAUUUUUAACUGUUUGUUCGGCUGUUUGUGUGUAAUUUUUUGUGUGUGAGUGUGUAUAAAAAGUGAGAAUGAUACAGAGGGAAUCGCUGAAUUCUGUAUGUAUGUUUUUUUUUUCUUCCUCCUUUACCCUGUGUUCUGUUUUCCUGUCAUUUUGUAGAGAUGGGCUCUAGCCCACCCGUGACGUAAAUUCAAACCUGGGUGCAGGGGAGGAGGGGAAGGGGAAGGGGAAGGGGAAGGGGAAAGGAGGGGGAGGGAGAGAGAGAGAGCGAGAGGAGCCUUAGCUGUUUAUGUUAAGGCCCUGCACUGUUUAAUGCUAAACACAAGCUUUUGUACAUCCUGUUUCAGAGGUCUGUGUAUGUCUGUGUGAUGGGUGGGGAGGGAGCGGGGGGAGUGGGGUGGGGUCGGGUCAUGUUGCACGGUCAAACAGUAACAGCACGUACCACACACUGGGUGCACAGGUGGAUAUGUGCAGGUGAAUCCUCCGAAUGAAAUGGAUUCACAAUGAGACGACAUGUUUUUUCUCUUCCUUUUGAAAACCAAUGAUUUGAGAACACAGUCAUGGAUGUGAAAUAGUUCUGCUUCUUCUGUUUUUUUGUAGAUACAUGAAACCAACAUGGUUUGAUUUUUCUUUUCUUUUUUCUUUGGUUUUUAGUUCACUGAAAGUUAAGAUGAAUAAAAAAAUAACCAUGUUAUUUGA